CACCAUCACCACCAUCACCACCGGAGCGUAAAAAACAAUAACCACGCCAAUGCCGAUUUACUCUCUCUCCUUCGUGGGUUUCAGCGUCAUUUUUUAAACUCAUACUCAUCCCCCCCCGCGCUCCUCCUAAGCCCCACCACCCCUUCCUUCACCUUUUCUACCCAUUUCAUUCACUCAUUUUUAUUUCAAUUUCAAUACUUCUAUUAUUAUUCAAUCGUAUAUCAUAAACUCUUUCAACAUCUACGGAGGAGACUAUUCUUUCUCGAUUUUCGCAACAUACGACGCAAAAAGGUUUCAUUUUUCAUUUUAUUCUUAUACUAACUAAUUCAGUGAAAAAGUUCGAAUCCGAGGCAAAUUGAGCGUAUGGGGUUGGUUGUUUGUCUCUGUAUCUGUUCCGUUUGAAUUGAACAGUAGUAGUAGUAGUAGUAGUCUGUAAAGUUUUCAGCCCUAAAAAGACCCCAAUUUGGGCCUCCCUUUUUCCUGUAUUUUUCUUUUAUAUAACUUCCUUCAUAUACAACUAACUGCUUAUAAACCCACCCCAAAAGACUUUCUUUACAUUAGCAUGCUAAAGGAGAAAGAUCCCCAAUAUGAAUAGUAAUAGUAGUAAUAAUAACAAUAAUGGUGAAGCUCACAAGCAGCAGCAGCAGCAGAAAGAGAGGCAUAUAGUUUCUUGGUCUCAAGAGGAAGAUGAUAUAUUGAGGCAGCAAAUCGGUAUCCAUGGAACUGACAAUUGGGCUAUUGUUGCAUCCAAGUUUAAGGAUAAAACUACAAGGCAAUGUAGAAGAAGAUGGUUCACUUAUUUGAAUUCCGAUUUCAAAAAAGGCGGUUGGUCACAAGAGGAAGACAUGCUUCUAUGCGAGGCUCAGAAGAUUUUCGGCAACCGGUGGACUGAAAUAGCGAAAGUGGUUUCAGGCAGGACGGAUAAUGCCGUUAAGAACCGAUUCUCCACUUUAUGUAAGAAGAGAGCGAAGAACGAAGCAUUGGCGAAAGAGAACAACGCUCUUAACAUUGCAACGAACAACAAAAGGACCCGAUUUCACAACGGACACGAAUUAGAUGCGAGUCUAGAAGCUUCCAUGCCUCCUUCGAAAAUAAGGAGGAAACAUAUUCCGGAUACACCGGAAGACUAUCAUCAACCGCGACCUCCGUUUGCUGUCAUUUUACACAACUGCCAUAACCUCGACACAUUUACCGCUCAACUCAAUGCCAAACGCGAUGAGGCGUUAAAAGAUGGAACAUUUCUGAAGAAGGAUGAUCCAAAGAUUAUUGCAUUGUUGCAACAAGCAGAACUACUCAGCUCACUUGCGCUUAAGGUUAAUACAGAGAAAACUGACGAGAGUUACGAAAAUGCUUGCAAGGCGGUACAAGAUUUCUUAGAGCAAACGAAAGAAUGCGAUGUGCUUGGAUUCAACGUUUCCGAUAUGGACAUAAGAAGUUGUGAUGAAUGCAGCCAACAGUCUUGGAGACAACCCGAUUUAUAUCAAGGAUCACCGGACAGCUCGGAGUAUAGUACCGGGUCAACUGUUCUUUCUCAAGUGAUCGAUAAAAUGGAACCGCUUCAAGAUAACGUUGUUGAUGGUAAAAUUACUAUAAUACCCGAGUCAACAGCUAAUCAAGAUAUUUUGGUUUCGUGUGAUGAAUACCAUGAUGUUGAUGAUAUUUGUCCAUUGCCGAUUUCAGAGUUCAAUUCACCGCUUCAAGUAACGCCGUUGUUUAGAUCAAUGGCUGCAGGGAUUCCAAGCCCACAAUUUUCAGAAAGUGAAAGGAGUUUUUUACUAAAAACACUUGGAAUGGAAUCAACACCACCCAAACAAGACAUCAAAACCUCACAACCUCACUGCAAAAGGGCUCUUCUCCACUGCCUUUAAGCAAAAUUCCCAAACUACCCUUCUUCCAGAGUUUUGAAAUCAUGUAGAGUUUUUUUUUUUUACAAUUUGCAGUCAAUCUCAGCCUGAAAUUUUUUCACCAAAAGGUUUGAUCAAGAUCUGCACCAAACUCUAGAAUGUUCCGGUACAUUCUAGAAACCACCAGUAGAUCUAACAACAUAAGUGUGUGUUAUGUUGACCUGAAUUGUUUUUGUUUGUUCAUUUUUGGAGGCUUUCGGGUUUCGAAUACGGGUGUAUUCGAAUCCCCCUCAUAACAUAUUUGGCUUGCCAAAUCCUGCACAGAACAUUAUUUUGUUUUUUUUAAAGAGUGUAACUAUACAUCGGCAACUCGCCGCAUAUUACAAUUUUACCCCCAAAAUGGUAAUGGGGGGGAGUAGGGAAAAUAUAGAAUUGAGUGAAGGAGGAUCAACUGCCAUUGUUGGACUCCAUUUGUUUGUUGGUUUUAGUGUGUGUCUGUGUGUAGAAUAGAGGUGUUAUGGUAUAAGUUGUAAUGUAUGAUAUAUAAAGAUUGUUUUUUUUUUUUUUA